CUUGUGUUAAUGCGCAAUUUUUUUUCCUACACGUCCAUUUGGAAUUGUGAUAGUUAUUAUUUCUAUGUGGGUUUGCUUCUGGAAUUAUCCUUUAUCUAUCUAGUGCGAGAGUAUUUGCAAGUACCAGCCUGCCUCCCGCAUCAAGGAUCUGCCAUCCUUUGAGCAUACAACUGGUGAAGCCAUGCCUGUGUCAGCAAAGAGCAUUGAAGAGGAGCUAACGGUCUUUGACGUCAACUUUGAGGAUGAUGAAGUUCCAGAGAAAAUGGUGGAGCUCUGUACAGUUCACCGUCUUCAGGAAGAGGACAUGGUCAAUGAAUGGAUGGCUUUCAGUACCACUCGGAACCUUCCGCUCACAGUCAGCAACCUUAAUAUACUGGAACAUGAGGUUUUGAACAAGAAAAGUGCCAGACCACGCCCAUCCCAGAAGAAAGAGAAACAUUGUGGAAACAGGGAUUUUAAUACAAUUCAAGAACUUAUUGAAGUGGAAACAGAAGAAGAAAAUCUCCUGGAUUCAUAUGCUACACCUGCUAAAGGAUCCCAAAAGCGUAACUUGUCUACUCCAGAACAUCCUCAGUCUAAACGCAUAUCUGUAAACCGAAGCCCCCAUGUCCUCUUCUCCCCAGCAAGCUUUUCCCCCAGUGCCACCCCGUCUCAAAAGUAUGGCUCUCGAACCAACCGAGGAGAAGUGGUGACAACCUAUGGAGAGUUACAAGGAACUACAUGGAAUGGUGGCAGUGGAAGAAAUACUAGUGUUGAACUGUUCACCUGUCAGGAUGAACCACUGACAAAAAUGUAUAAGUUCAUGUUUCAGAAGUUAAUGGACAUCAGAGAAGUGGUUAGCAGUAAGAUAGAAGAACUUGGUGCAUCUCUGAAGAACCAUUUCCAAAUUGAUGAGUUUACCUCUGUUUCUUUCCCAGCUCAAGAGACUGUGACCGUGCUAGGACAGAUUGGAUGUGACAGCAACGGCAAGUUAAAUUCCAAAUCUGUCAUCCUUGAGGGGGACAGAGAGCACUCAGCAGGGAUGCAGGUUCCAGUUGACUUGUCUGAAUUAAAAGAGUAUUCUCUGUUUCCAGGACAGGUAGUAAUCAUGGAGGGCACCAACAGCACCGGCAGGAGGUUUGUCCCUACUAAACUUUAUGAGGGGGUUCCACUUCCUUUUCACCAGCCCAGCAAAGAAUUUGAAGAAUGUCCACAGCAGAUGGUAAUCACAGCGUGCGGACCCUUUACCACAUCAGAUACUAUCACCUAUGAUGCCCUGAAGGAUCUUAUUGACGUUCUUAACAGAGACUGUCCAGAUAUCUGCAUCCUGCUUGGUCCCUUUUUGGAUGCAAAGCAUGAGCAAAUAGAGAACCUGCAACUCACAGUGACAUUUGAAGAUGUGUUUAAGCGUUGUCUGAAAAUGAUUAUCGAAGGCACACGUCUUUCGGGGUGCCAUCUGGUCUUCGUUCCAUCUCUCAGAGAUGUUCAUCAUGAUCCUGUCUAUCCUCAGCCACCAUUCAGCUGUUUUGAACCGGCCAAAGAAGACAAGGACAGGGUCCAUUUUGUUGCCGAUCCCUGCACGUUGUCUGUCAAUGGUGUUAUCUUAGGCAUAACCUCUACAGACUUGCUCUUUCAUAUGGGUGCAGAGGAAAUAAGCAGCUCUGUGGGGGCUCCGGAUCGAUUUAGUCGGAUUCUUAGACACAUUCUGACCCAAAGAAGUUACUAUCCACUGUAUCCACCCAAUGAAGAAAUAAAUGUUGACUAUGAGGCUUUCUACAGCUACGCCCCUAUGCCUGUCACUCCAGACAUUUUUAUAGUCCCGUCUGAGCUUCGCUAUUUUAUCAAGGAUGUCACAGGCUGCAUCUGCAUUAACCCUGGGCGGCUGACAAAGGGACUGGUGGGCGGCACAUAUGCACGCUUUCUGGUCAAAAGUGGAGCCAUGGGGUCUGAAGGAAAGAGAUCUCCUUGUAUUUCUGCUCAGGUGGUGAGGAUCUAACUGGGGAAACCUGAGAACUGAAUUAACAUCUGACAAAUAGAACUGGGGUGAAGACAAUGUACAUAAAGAGCCCAUGUAAUUAACGAGUGCUCUGAAAGGAGCCUGCAGACGGCUGUAUCAUCAUUUUGUGGAUUUGUAUAUUUUUACCUGUGUUUCUUUAAACUAAUUCACUUAAACCUGGUCUCCUGUAAAGUCAAUUCUUUGGAACUUUCUAAGAAAUGCAAUUUCCCAUCAUCCAUUUCUGCAAGAGAUGAACUUUUGGAUAUCCAAUUGAGAAGCCACUUUUGAGAUAUAUACACUGCACAGGCCCAAAACAUCGAUUUGCAUUCUUAGCACUGCCAUGCAUAUUGUUCCGCAAUUAUUAAAAGUUGUUUUUUUUGGUUUUUAUAUCAGCCAGGGAACUGUGUCUUUAGCCAUUUUCUAAAUUCAGAUCCGCCAAGGUUUGUUCACACACCAAUAAGAAAAGAAACACUUCUCUUUAUUCCAGAGCCAUUUUGGAUCGGUUUCCUUAUCAUGUAUACAUUUAGUGGCAUGUGUUUUGAAUUAAAAAUGGUCACAAAGAUGGAUUUAAAGAUUCUGUUCAGGCCCUCUCCUAUGUAUCAUUCUGUGGUUAAAACCUGUGUCUUUUUACUAAGGUAAGGGGGACCACAAAAAAGAUAUAACUGCUUAAAAUUAAAGCAUUGAUCCUAUGAACUAAAAGCUAAUUACUCUGAAAACAAUAAAAGGAUAGAGA